CCGGCGGGGGCGGGGCUUCUGGACCCGUUCAGAGAAAGUGCCACGACUCUGCAGACGGACGGACCCUGCUGAGACUUCCUGUGCGACACUCUGAUCGGUCAUGGACGUCUCCGACCCACAGACACUCGGCUUCAUGGUCUUUGGAGGAUUCAUGUUCAUCUCGGCGGUGGGCAUCGCCCUCGUCUCCACGCUCUCCAUGAAGGAGACGUCGUAUGAGGAGGCGCUGGCCAAACAGCGCCGGGAGCUGGUCCGAACGCAGCCGCAGAGAGCAGAGAAGAAGAAGAAGGACAAGAACCAGGAGAAGAAGAACAAAGCCAAGAAGAAGGAGGAGCAGCCUGACGAGAAGCUCUCAGAGCCGGGCAGCGAUGGUGGCGAGGAGCCGGAGGUGGUGGCUAGUCCCGAGCCAGAAUCUGAGCCAGAACCUGCUGCUGAGCCUGAACCCAAACCAACACCUGAACCAGAACCAGAACCCACCAAGGUCAGCGCCGCCACCAUUGAGUCCCCUCCGGCCCCCCCGCAAAAGGAGAAGAAGAAGAAGAAGCCAGCCAAGGUGGAGCCGGCUGCUGUGGUGGAAACGGUUGCCAAGGAAAUUCUGGUCAUGGCCAUGGCGCCGCUGGUGGACGUUUCUCCGGUGAACGCCGUCACCGAAGACAUCAAAGAACCUUCUGUUGCUAAAACUGAAGAACAGAAAGAGACGGCGAGCAAGAAGAAGUCCAAGAACAAACCUGAGCCAGUGACCGACUCCUCCCUGCUGCCGUACGCCGAGCUGCUCGCCACCAUGUCCAACACGACGCUCAGCGACGACCAGAUGCAUAAACUCAUGGAGGUCCUGAACCAGAAGGCUGGUGUUCCCCACGACUCCUGGCAGCUGGCCAGUCAGAAAGGAGACCCGCUGUCCAGUCUGAAGAAACAGCUGGAGGAGAAGGAGAAGCUGGUGACCACCGAGCAGGAGGGCACCGCCAACGCCAAGAACCGCCUCCGAGAGCUCAACAAGGAACUUGUUGCAGAGAAAUCCAAGAUGGCUUCUUUGGAUGCCCGUCUGAAGGCGGAGCUGAGCGCUCAGGUUCAGAAGGUCAAGGACAUGCGGGCCACAAUGGAGACGGCCAACCAGGAACACCUGAGACAAACCCAGCAGCUCAACCAGAAGAUCGAGAGUCUUCAGGAGCAGCUGGAGAACGGACCCAACGCUCAGCUGGCCCGACUGCAGCAGGAGAACUCCAUCCUCCGAGACGCCCUGAACCAGGCAACCAGCCAGGCCGAGAGCAGGCAGAAUGCGGAGCUGGCCCGUCUCAGGCAGGACUGCAUCCGUCUCGGUCGGGAGGUGACCGAGCGUACCGACGCUCUGCGGGCUGACGAGGAGCGCAGGAAGAGCCUGGAGGCCAAGAUGGCCACCGCUGAGCAAGAACUGUCCCGAUCCCAGCUGAUCCGUGACGACACUGAGCGUGCUCUGAAGCAGCGACUGGAGGGGAUGCGUUUGGAGCUGGAGGCCUCGAAGCAGGAAGCUGCUGCCGUAAGCGAGCUGAAGGGGGCGCUGGCGUCUAGAGACACUGAACUACAGGAGCUCAAGGUCCAGCUGGAGAACCAGGCUGCUGUCCAGGUGGACGGAUCGUCUGAAGUGGAUCAGCUGAACAUCUGCGUGCAGCUCAGAGACGAGCAGGUCGUCACUCUGGAGGCGGAGCUCACUCAGCUGAGGGCGGAGCUACAGCUUCUGACAUCAUCAGCGUCACAGAGCGUGAAGGGACAGGAAGUGGAAGCAGCAGCUGGUGAUGAGACGCAGAAAGACGGAUCAGGAAGUGAGACGGAGUCUGAUCAACCGUUUGAAAUUCUGGAGGAAGACUCUCAGCUGCUGCGUCUGGAGGAAGACCUUCAGCAGCUCAGAGAGGAGCUUCAUCAAACUCACAACGAGCUGAAGGACAAAAUGUCGACGCUUUCGACUUCAGAGCAGCGAGAGGCGGAGCUUAAAUCAGCACUGACUGAAGUGGAGUCCAGGUUUGCUGCCCUGAGUUUGGACUUCCAGGCAUCGCUCCAGGUUCUGUUUCCUGGCGUCUCCGUGGAGGCGGAGCAGACAAACUGGCUGGAACUUUUUACUCAGAAAGUUCAGGAGAGUGAAAGUGAAGCACGGAGUGCUCACUCUGAGCUGCAGUCGAGGUUCUACGAGGCCGAGAGGAAACGGUCCGAGCUGCAGAACGAGUUUGAUCAGAACACGAAGCUGCUGCAGGAAACGGAGGCGGAGCUUCAGGCUUUACAGCGGCGCUCUGAAGAAGAAGAAAACCUUUGGAGGACCAAACUGUCUGAAGCCGAACAGCAGAAACAAACGGUCCUGGACCAGCUGAAGCUGCUGGAGGACAAUGUUCAGAGGAAGAGGACGGAGACAGAGGAGCCUCAUCAGGCCGGUCCUCCUCUGACCUCCAUGAUGGAUGAGGAGUCCGUGUCCCAGCUGAAGGAGCAGAUGCUGCUGCUGGAGGCCCAGCUGGAGAAACAGCUGGAGGAGGCCAGCUUCACCCAGAGCUGCAGUGAGGAGCUCGCUCAGGUGCAGUCUCAGCUGCAGCAGAUGUGCGUCAGGCUGCAGGUGGAGCAGGAGCAGCGACAGCAGCUGGACAGACAGCUGCAGCAGGCUGGACAGGAAGUGAAGGAGCUGCAGCAGCAGGUGGAGGCUCAUCACAGAUCUGCUGCUCUGCUCAAGGAGGCGACGGUGACGGAGAAGGAGGCGGUCCAGGUGAAGGAGGAGACGGAGACAGAGGAGGUGGAGACGGUGACGGAGGAGGAGACAGAGAAGGUGGAGACGGUGACGGAGGAGGAGGAGAAGGAGGAGGUGGAGGAGGAGAAGGAGAAGGUGGAGACGGUGACGGAGGAGGCGGUCCAGCUGAAGGAGGAGACGGCAGUGUGAAACCCACUUUGUGUCCUUCCUGUCUCGUUGCCAUGGUUACAUGAAGUGUAACUUCCAGAAAUCAGUGUUGAUUUUACUGGACUGAUUCUCGCUUUGACAAAUAAAGUGAAACAUGUCA